AUGAAUACCAACGACCUUGCCCAUCUUGAGGCAAUGGGGUUGCCAGCCCCUGCUUAUGUGGCGCCAUCGUUGCGCCAAGAUAUACGAAACAGGUCUGAUGAAAUGCAGAUUCAUCAGUUGGCCAACUUGGUCACACCUUUGGUUUACGCCACCCGGCGUAGUCACGUGCCAGAGGAAGAGCUGGCAUCGUUUGAAGCGUGCCGCUCGAAUAACUCCUUGUCCGCCGCCAUCAUGAAAGCAGCCGACCUUGUCCACGACCAUCCCGAGUCCGAUCAUCACCCGUACUAG